AUGUCGAUCCCCUAUGGAGGCCUCGACUGCUCGAACGUCACCCCAGAAUGCCCGGUUGAGUUCUCAGUCUUGGAAUACAGGCCAAGCCUGGGAGCAAACGCCUUCUUCUUGGCCAUCUUCGCUCUGUGUGCGAUACUCCAACUGAUCUUCGGCAUCAAAUGGAAGACCUGGACGUUCUGCUUCGCACUCACCUGCGGAUGUAUCUUGGAGUUCGUUGGGUACAUUGGUCGAGUUUUGUUGUGGAAGAACCCAUACAACACGGAGGGCUUUGAGAUUCAGAUCAUUUGUCUUAUUAUUGCUCCAGCGUUCACCGCUGCUGGUGUCUACCUGACACUCAAGCACUUCGUCAUCGCUUUCGGCCGCGAGUACUCCCUUAUCAAGCCCCAACUGUACACCUGGAUUUUCAUCUCCGCCGACAUCUUCUCGCUUCUGCUCCAAGCGCUGGGUGCGAUUUUGUCUACGGUUGGAGCCUCGGAUAUAACCGUAGGAAGCGACAUCGCUUUGGCUGGCAUCUGUUUCCAAGUCGCAUCGCUGGCCUUCUUCGGUGUGACGGCUACCGUCUACUUCACUCGAGUCUGGCAGAACCGCUCGACGGUGUCCGACGAAGCGAAGAAGUUGGCGCACUCUUUGAGGUUCCGUAUGUUCGCUGGUGGCAUCGUCCUGGCCUACUUGACCAUUCUGACUCGAUGCUGCUAUCGAAUUCCAGAGCUCGCGGGUGGAUGGGGAAACUCGGUCUACCGGACGGAAGUCCUCUUCAUCGUGCUCGAUGGUGUGAUGAUUACCAUGGCGACUCUGGCUCUGACGUUGCUUCACCCUGGAUUCUUCUUCCCACGGCUAUCGGCUCCCUUCCGCAUGCGGAAGAAGAAGGAAAGGCGUGCUCAGAGCUCUGAAUCCCCUGAGUCGUCUGGAUCGGAUCUAGAGGAGGCGAAGGUUGUUGAAGAUAGCGAGUAA